AUGAAGAGAAGGAAAGAAGAGACAGUGGGAGUGCGCCGUGGCUCUCAUCCUUUGUGGGAGUGUUGCACGGCGUUUGGCGGUAUUGCUCUGAAAUGCCGCACCAUCACGCACGAGGACGUGGCACGGAGUGUCAGAUCUCUUUUUGUGUCUGCUGCUGUGGGUGUGGGCGCGGCCGCGUCGGACUUGUCGGCACGAUGGCCGCAGCGUGUGGCUGUCGCUCUGUUCUCUCGAGAGAUAUGCUACGACGCUUUUACGUGUGUGUUGUUUCGGGGACAAUUUGCCGACGGCUGUGCGAUUGCCGAAUGGAGGGAGAGGUGUGGAGGGAAGUGCGUGAUUGCAGCGGUCAGGAGUCGCGCUGGGCGUCUCGCCGCCGAGGGCAUUGCCCGCCCAUCCCAGCACCGCUCAUGCCUGGCACCCUCUCUCUCUCACUGCAGCAUCUUAGCCGACGCCGGUGGCACGCAGCGAGGCAGAGGAAGCCGACACCGCCACGAGUGCGACCGGAAGGAGACGCGUCUGCUGCUGCGUUCCGAGGGGAAACACCGUGUGGCACAGCGGCGUGCCCAAAACCCCCUCGCGGAGUCCGCACACGACACCGGGCAGUGGCCGCGGAGUGUUUGCGUCGUGGAGGACACCGCGGUGGAAUCCCUCCUUCCCUCCGGGUGGACGGUGGGCUGA